GUCACAUUACCAUUAGGAUCUUCUAAGAUCAGUCUACCAGACGAAGUUUCAGCUCAAGAAUCCAUUCCAUCCCAGAAGCCACCAGUCAACGCAGACGGCAAUUUACACCCCUUGUUAUUCUGGUCGCAAUAUUCCACGCAUGAUAUACAACCGCAGAAAAACAAUUACACGCAAUAUAUACAUUAUAUCUCAAUAAAACAAAAUAGCCUCCCUGGUGCGUCUGCUCCUACUGCAAGCCAGUGGUCAAUACCAAUCAGGAUCGCAGCAAAUAAAGAUGGCAUACGACACACAGUGGCUAUUCCUGAUCUAUCGUUAGAUGAAUAUACCACGCGGCCAUUUUGUCUGACGGCGCAAACUAAAAAUGGCGUCACUUAUCUCGUGCUAAUGGAGGAUCAUAGUCCCGUUUGCUUUCUUCGUAACAAUUGUCCAUUUCCUUUGUUUUAUGGGCAGACGCUAAUGAAUAUAACGCUGUCCGGGAUGACCGUUCAAGAAGAAGCGGAACUAGUUGCAAAAUUACCCAUGAUUCCUUCUGGUGGAAACAGUUAUUACACAAUGCCAAAUGUAAAUUCAAAUUAUCCGAUAAUGGACAGCAGUAAAUAUCCAAGAAUUCAUUUUAGUUCCUUGCUUGGUGAAAAAGAUGGCGUUAUAGAUCAUUCUCCGUGGAGUCUUGGCGUUGAUUUGGCUGCUGGGAAUACUUUUAUCAAAUUACCGCAAGUUGCAGAUCUCAAAGUAAAAAUAAAGAAAAAGUCUGGUAUUUUUGAAGUGGAACUGGAGCCUGUCGGCAAGGCAGAAAUAUCGGCACGUGAAAUACGUAGUAGGCUAAAGGGUGGAAAUAUUACAUUUACGGUCAGUGAAAUGGACAAAAAACCUAAAGAAUCAGAAAUUGAGGCGGAAUUGAAACCCAUCAUGAAACCCCAAAAAAGUAGUGUUAAUGUAACUACGGAUAUUAUGAUUGGUUGUAACGUAGAUCAGUUUUCAUUGGUUGUUUUAGACGAAUCAAGUUCCCAGGAUUCAAUUGGAGAAGUGAUUCAUUUAAAUAUGGAGGAUCUAUUUAUUGGGACGUACCCAGUCUCUUCUCAAGACAAGAAGUUUUGUCUGGCUGUGUGUGUGGGUAACGUGCAUCUGGAUAAUCAACUCUACGGGUUGGGUCAGUUUGAUUUUCCAGUCAUUCUCCUUCCCCAGGGAAAAACGAAACGUUUAUCAACCAGUGGUGAUAUUGAUAACUUGUCUGUGAUAGAAAAACACGCCAUUUGUAAAUUAUCGAGUUUUGUGAAUUUUCAAGUUGUGUUGUCGAGUGAUAGUCUAGAUCAUUCAGUGCUGGAAUCCCUGGACCUCUCUGUCAAACCAUUAUCUGUAUAUAUAGACGAUAUGUAUAUCUACCGCAUUCUCAAAGAAAUAGAAAUCCUGCUUCCCACCAUUUUGUCCACAAACAUUCCUGAACCAAUCACAUGGAGGUAUCUACAUUCAAAUAUCAAGCAGACGGCUACUUGUCUAAGUCAACCAAUCAGAAUUCAGCAUUUAUCAAUCCAACCAAUUAAAAUGCUACUUAGUGUCCAUGCUUCCCUGAAGUUGUUUUUAGCUGCAGACCAUACACCGUUAUCGUUUGGGGGAUUUGAGCGUAAUAAUUUAUCAACCACAAACUAUCAGCUAAUUCGAGCCCUAGCGAUGCAUUAUGCCUCAGCAGCCAUAUUUAGAGCAGGCAUUGUGAUUGGUUCGCUAGAAAUACUGGGUAAUCCAACAGGAUUAGUACGUAGCGUUGGUAUUGGUAUAGCAGAUCUGUUUCGUAUGCCGUAUGCUGGUUUAACAAGGGGACCUGGAGCGUUUGUCAGUGGUGUAUCAAAUGGAAUGGGAUCCUUAUUAAGAAAUGUUUCUGCUGGUAUGAUAACAUCAGUGACUAAUCUAGCAUCGAGUGUUUCUAGAAACAUGGACAGAUUAUCCAUGGAUUCCAGUCAUUUACAACGACAGGAAGAGAAUCGUAGAAACAGACCUCUAGGUGUAUCAGAUGGACUAGUUCAAGGUUUUACUGGAUUCGGCAUCAGUCUCCUAGGGGCAGUAGCAGGAUUAGCAGAUCAGCCAUUACAGAGUGUUUUAACCAAUCAGGGUGAGAGUGACAGACGGUCAUCUACAUCAGCUGUAGCAUCUGGUCUUGUUACGGGUAUGGGUAAAGGUCUGGUUGGCAUAGUAACCAAACCUAUAGGUGGUGCUGCUGAGCUUGUUUCACAGACUGGACAAGGAUUAUUACAUGGUACAGGAUUAGGACAAUUACCACAAAGAUUGGUUAAACCUACAUCAAGAUCUAAAUCGUUUUAUAGUAACGCUGUUAUUAAAUAUCCUAUGAAAAUCUUCAAUACUCUGCCAAGAACCAAUUUCUUAAUGACUGUCGAAGCAUGUCACCUUGACAUGUCAGGGUCAGAGGUCAUGGUCACGCUAAUUUUAACGUCUGAUAUACUAUUUGUUGUUAAUAAUGACGAAGAUGCCCAACAACAGGCGUUUUCGUUAGCAGAAUUAGAAUGUUGUGAUAAUUUGUCUGACCCCACGUUAAUAUCGUUGCUAUGGACAGACAACUCCUACAAAGCCAAUGUUGAGGCUGGUAACUCUAAUAAGGAUCGUGUGGCUGCCUUUGUUUCGUCGGCUGCUACUUUUGCUCAACCAACCAAUGAAGACACUCCUGGUACCGACAGCCAAUCAGAUGGAACUACAGCUAGUAUCAUGACGGCACCACAAUAUGAUUUUCACGUUAAUGAAGAAUAUCGUAAUUUAUUUAUCUCGCUGUUUAAACUCGUUAAACUUAGAAUACAAGGAAAGGGGUUUUCCAUUAUAUGAUUUUGAAAUUAGGGUUUUACAUUGGACCUGGUGUUGCGUAAAAAACUGCAUUUAUAAACAGUAAAUAUGAAAAAACGAGAUGUUCCUCAGUGUGUUAAAGUUAUUUUGGUGGUCGCUCUUUCAAAAGUCAAUGCAUCUACAUCCUGGAAUAAACUACCCUUAAACUUCCACAGAAGUCGAUCACUCAAUCAGACUGGACAACUUAUCUGUUUGAAUUAUUGUUAGACACCAGUGUAUUGUGCUUUAAUAUCAUUGCUAUGGAGAUUAUAUUAUUAGACACCAAUGUAUGAUAUCAUUAAUAUUGUUGCUAUGGAGAUUGUAUUGUUAGACACCAUCAUUAAUAUGGUUGCUAUGGAGAUUAUAUUAUUAGAAGCCAGUGUAUUAAGUCAUUAAUAUUGUUGCUAUGGAGAUUGUAUUGUUAGAGACACCAUUGUAUUAAGUCAUUAAUAUGGUUGCUAUGGACAGAUAAUUCCUAUAUUAUUAUUAUACACUAGUAUAUCUUUAUGUGUCCUAUGUGGAUAUUUAGGGCUUUAUAAAUGGAUAUAUCAGUCUAUUCUGAGAAUGGUUCCUGAGCAUCUUUGGUGGAUAUUUAGGGCUUUAUAUAAAUGUAUAUGUUACUAUUGUUAUUUAUGAAUUGUGCUUUGAGAAUGGUUCCUGAGCUGAAUAACACAUAUUCACCAGACAUUUGAAUUAUUUAUAAAUUAACAAAAAUAGAUGAACAUAUUAUAAUCCGAGGAUGGUUCCAGAGCCAAAAGUUAUAAUUUAUUAUUUUGAUAUUUUUUCAAUUUAUGAUUUUUUAAUAUUAACAAAAAUAGAUGUAAUCUAUUAGUUAAAGUAUCUAAGUCUCGAUAUCAUCCAAAAUCUUCAACAUUGAAAACACGAUUUAUUUGUCAAAUUAAAUCAACAUUCAUGUUGUGAUCUUACCGGAAAAAGAUGGGCUUUUGAUAUCCAAUAUUUAAGACAAAAUAAACAUUUUACCAUAAUGCGCUUCAGCCCCAGUUGUAUCAAGAGACUCAAGGGACGAGACUAGACACAUUGCACCAAAUCAAACGGCGGAUGUAGACUGGAAUAACCAGACGCUAGAAAUUUGCACUCGCUUGAGACUGCUGGCAUAUUUCGCCGAACAUAACUGAUUUGAAAUUGGAGUAAAAACGGAAACCAUUGAAUGUAAAUCAGUUUAUAUACAUUCAUAUUACAGUAUUAUAUGCGUUGCGACCGACUUUUGUCAAUUUCUGGCUCCCAAAUGUUAGCGAUUUAGCUCCUUUAAAACCAGUCAACUGAAUGUCGACCGAGGGGAGUUUUUUUCCCCUCCCCUUAAAACUGAAAAUCGCUCUCCUUUACAUAGUCAUUGGGGGUUUAUUAUCAUUUAUGAAACCAGGAAUGACCCCAUUACAUGAAGUUAUUGAUCUUCAGAACCAUUUCCCAUACACACAACUAAUCACUCUCCUUAAUAUCAGAUCACUCUCCUUAAUUUUUAAAUCACUCUUCUUAUCAAAACUGGGAGAGUUUUUUUAGGAGAGCGAUUUUUUCAAUUUGUUGAUUGAGGGGAGCUUUAUUUGACUCUCCUCUGAAAUACAAACAACAACAAAUGUAAAACAGAAGGUUUAGGUUAGAUGCCAUCUUGAGCAAGAUUUUCGAGUAUAUAUAAUGAAAAAUCAUUUAGGAAAAGCCUAGCAGUCUUAGAGAAAAAAAAAGAUAGCACCGAGAAAUUAAUUGAAAGUGUAUGUUAAAUGCCAUCUUGAAUUGACCUUGUUUGAAUCAAAAUGGAGGAUGAAAUUAUUGUGACCUGGGUUAUUAAAAUGUAUAGCAUUAUUAAAUUAUAUUAAACAUACAUUAUGGGAGAUUCGAUAACGAGUUGGCAGUUCUCACUAUAAUAGUUAAAAACUAGAUAAUGUAAAGGCAAUUUGGAUAACAUUUCAGGCCUAAAGAAAGACCUGCAAUAGACAGAUUUAGCUCUUGCAUAAUGUAUGUUUAAAAUGUAUAGCAUUAUUAAAUUUUAUAGCAUUUAUUUCUUGCUUUAUGGUAUAUUUGUACAUAUGAAAUAUUUGUAAAUAAUAGUGGUUGGAUCAUUGGUGUGUAAUGUACAUUUAAACCUCUCUGAUGUGAUGGUCUUAACCUGAAACCUAACCCUUGUAUUUCAUGGGUCAACUGUCUUCAAGUCAACAGGGUGCUAGCAAGGUUCGCACACUCCUUGAAACUCAUUGGAAAUCCUGGAAAAAUGAAAAUGUGAUUUCCAGUGCUGGAAAAUCCUGGAAAAACAAGAUUACUCCUUGAAACUCCUGGAAAAUUAACAUUUGUGUUUUCGCUAUAUAUUUUGAAAUAUAAAAUUGAACGUAGUAAUCGAAUGUUUCUUCAAAAGUUCACGAGUUCGUUGCUGUAAAUGAACUUGAGUCAGUUGAACAAUGUUCUUUAAGCGUAAAAAGAAAAAUACAUUAUGAUGUUGAAUUCUAUACAGGGACUCCUGGAAACUGGUAAUUAGCUCCUGGAAAACUCAUGGAAUUUUAUGUGUUCUCAGUUGAGCACACCCUGGCUAGGCUAAGAGAUUGAGGGGCUUGUCUCACUGGCGCCUAUGUUGCACUGUUUGUAAAUUUAUUAGUGUAGUGCACCCUUUAAAAUGCUACGAUGAUCUCGAGUCAAUCCCUAAGCCUGGAAUUUCAUUCGUCAAAAGGGUGCCGGAGGGUUCAGGGCUUCUCACGUGAAUGCCUUAGUUGUACUAUUUACUAUUUUACUAAUUAAUUUAUACCAGUAUUACCUUCUUUAGUAUGGCAAGAUCUAUUUGUUAAGGCCAACUUAAUUUUCAUCAAGGUCAUUGAGAUGUAAAUAAAUUUAGGACACGUGAUUGUUGGUUAGAUUGUAGGUUAGGGUUAGGGUAAAUGUUAGGGUUAGGUCCAGGGUUUGGGUUGGGAUUAGUGCUAGCCCUGUUUACAUCUCGUGAGCUUUGACCAAACUUGAAGUUGGCCUUAUCAAAUAGAUCUAAGCGUUUUGUAUAGUAUAACAAGAGGCCAACUCGAUUGGCCACUUCCAGAAGAAAUAGAAGCUCGUCCGGGAGAAUCUGUGGAUCGACUGAACAGCAUACACAAAUGUGGACGAUAGUAUCAGUUUAUCUAUCAUUGACGUCCUAUACGUCGAUGUUAUCUACAGUCGAAUGGUUAGCAUGUGCGUGCUGUAUCAUAAGGCCGGUCAUUGAGUCAACUGGCGUGGUUUCGAAUCCCCGGUUGUAUGUGACAAGGAGUAGGGUCGCCUGUCCAACCUCGUGGGUUUUCCCCGGGUCCUCCGGUUUCCUCCCACUGCCAAAGACCCCAAUGCGCAAGCGAAUUAUUGAAAUAAAAUUAAACCAUAUGUUAGUCCCGAAAUGACCUAGUUUGUGUUGAGUGGACGUUAAACCCCAUUUCUCUCUCCUUCUAGGUCCGGACUGCAAGAGGUGGAAUAUAUUUUGAUGGCGGAAGAGUCCAAAUCAGGUGCACAGUGUCUUGUUUUGUAUAGUUGUCUAUACUGACUCUUUAUGCGACCAUGUCAAUCUGGUUAAAACACAGAUCCUAUUUCGUUUCGUUUUUAUAGUUCAAAAUUUUGUUUUACUUGUCUUUACUACACUUGGAUCUGGAAGACUUGUUAUUUAACUUGUUUUCUGCUUGAAAUGAGGGGUCAACCAAUCAACUGUGGGUAAUCCACUAGUAACAUCAAUGCUGAUUGGUUAAUCAAAUGUCUGACAUCAUAGGUCAAAAGUCGGUCUUUUGACCCCUGACGUGACCUAUCGCUAUAACUUGUCAGAUCUUCAUGUAGUGUAGGCCAUCGAAAGUAUAAAAAACGAAAUGAAAUAUAGAUUUGUAUUAUAAUCAGAUUGGGACCAUAUAAAAAUGUGUGUAAAUGUGUAUACCAGAUAUAUUGAGUAUAUAUAAGAUGUGUGUAUUAUUAUUUUGUAAGUAAGAAAAGAGAUUAUAAGUUAGAAAGAAUACUGUAUAUAUGUGAAAUUAUUAUAAGAAAUAAAUUUAUGAAUGUUGAUUUUAUGAAAUAUACUAAUUUAUUAACAUAAAAUAUUUAUCUUUAUAUCCAAUUUAUUAUUCCAAUAAUAUUUUCAAAAAAUUUCUGAUCCUCUUUUUUGUUUAUUAUAACGAAGGCUAUGGCAUUAAAAUCUAAGUUGAAUUAAUCUUAAGGUUCUAUACCGCUUUUAUUUAGGUAGAAAAUAGUGUUUUUUGAUUAAAUUUUCAUUUCAAUAUAGUAAGUGAAAGUUGAUUUGUUUAAUCAGUAAAACUGUCAACAGUGGAAUACCAAAUCAGUUAUAUCUCAAUAUUUGCUUAAAGAUACAUUAUGGGAGAUUAGAUAAAGAGCUAGCAGUUCUCACUAUAAUAGUUAAAAACAAGAUAAUGUAAAGGGAAUAUGCUGAAAAUUUCAGUCAAAUUGAUCCACUCUAAACCAAGAAUUUAACGAAUGAAUUUUGGGCCCAGCCUCUAUCAUCAUUACUAAAGUCGGUACAAUAAAAAACAUAGUCUCGAUUAUCCAUUUUUUGAUUUAAUCAUGAAUGAGCGGUAAGCAGCAGAUAGCAUCCUAAUCCAGUAAAUAUCUGGGUAAGUCAAUUAAUGUCUAAUUAAUAAUUUAGAUAACAUUUCAGGCUCUUGCAUAAUGUAUGUUUAAUCUGUGAACCUAAAAUUUUAAAUGUAGACAGAAACCAUAUAUAAACACUCCAAGGAAGGAAGAGAGAAUUCGGCUGCACACACCCAGCCUCACCUUGAGCCUGAAUGCACGAGAUUUAAUUAACAUUAACAAUGUUAUUUAUUCACUCAAAUCAAAGAUGUUGUUAUAUGUUUGUAAGUCAAUGGUUAUAAACUUACUGUUAUCUUUUAUAAUGUUUUUUACACAGUAGAAUUGGAUAAAGAAAUAACCAUCUUAAAACUAUUUUGAAUUCUUUUUUUUUUUGUAAAUAAAACUUUAAGUAAAGUAUAAAUAACCGUCUUAAAACUAUUAUGAAUUUUGUUUUUAAGUUUGUUUGUUUCUAUCAAUUACAAUAUAUUCUACAUUUGUCUGUAAUAUUUCCUACCUUGUUGAAACUGACCUAAGCACUUAUUGAAUGGUGCUCAUUCAGGGUCAUUUAAUCUAUGUGUGUGUAUUUUUUAGAAUUUUCUUACUUUUUCACAGUUGUAAUUUUGUCAUCUAAUAAAUAUAUUAGAGAUCACUAGAAAAGCUUCAAAAUUUUUUAAAUAAUGCAAGGAAUUGUCAACAUAUCCUUUCCAUGAUCCCAAAUGUCAAUGUUACCUGCCACAGGUAAAUUUCAACAGGUAAAUUUCCGCCGUUUUCCGUGAGUAGUCGUAACUUUCUGCUAAUAAAAAAGCUGUGACCUAAUUUUAGUCCUGCUCCUCAUAUUCUAGUCUAUAUUUCUAUGAGCAGAAGGACUAAAAUGACGUCGCGGCUGUUUUAUUGGCGGAAAGUUAAGACUACCCACGGAGAACAGGGGAAAUCGCUAAUGUUGAAAUUUACUUGUGGCCGGUAACAUUGACAUUCGGAUUUUUUGUCAUACUUAUGGAAAGGAUAUGGUGACUUAAAUUACAGAUGUGACCUCAUCCUUUGAUGUUAGCGUACCAUUGUUUCAAAGAAUCGUACGGGCAAUGUGCCAAGUGUAAUAUUGAACCCGAGUGACGUUUUUCAUUGCAAAGCACGUGCGAGUGUCUGUAUUCAAGUUGUUUACUGGUCUCGAGCUUAAGACAUUGCGUAAUAUAAUGAAACUACGUCCCUCGUGUUGUUUCAAUAUAUUACUUAAUAUCUGGCUCUCGACCAUUAAACCACUCUUAAUUACUUGCAUUAUUUAAAAAAAUUAUGAAACUUUUCCAGUGACCUUUCAUGAUGCAUGUAUGGCUAGGAAUCAUAUGUCUCUAACAGGUGGUUGGAAAAUCACUAAACCACGACUUACAUCCCGUUUAAUUGGGUUAUGGUAUCAGGAAACUUUAAUAAUUCAAUAUGAUAAGAGGGAUUUUUAUGCCAAUUAACUUUAUACAUCCCCUUUAAUUGGGUUAAGGUAUCAGGAAAAAUGUUUCUAUUAACUUUGAUAAGAGGGGUUUAUAUGCUUAUUAUCUUUAAUAAUUUGAUAAGCGGGUCUAUAUGAUAAGAGGGUUAAUUAAACAAUAAAAUUACUGUCAUACAA